AUGGUACAUAAACGGCCGCCGUACUUCCCUGGAAACGGUGUUGCUAUCAGUACAACCAGUAGCAGCAGCAGCAACCCAUCCGCAGCGGGUAGUGGCAACAGUACCGCCAACUCCGGCGGCAGCACCGAACAGGGCUGCCCCGAGGACGAAGACGCCCGGCGCAUCUUAGAGGCCGAGGCAGCGCUCCGCAGCCUCACGGGGGGACUGCUGGCCGAGGAACCCGCGCUGGGGGACGUCCAGCCCAUGUUUGAGAACCUGUUCGAGAAGAAAGACCCCACCCGGCAGACGGGAGAAGCGUGCCAGGCGAGCAGCACAAGCGGGUCGGUGGCCAGUUCGUGGAAGGACGUAGUCACGCUGAGUGCCUCGUCGUCCUCCAGCGGGAGCGUUCCUGGGGGAUCGCCCAUGCGGUCCCCUCUCUCUCCGCCGGCGCCGGACUCGAGUCCUGACCAGCCGGCCUCCCAUGGAACACCCAAGGCAAGCAGAGAGCAAGAUGAAUCGAUGGACACGGAAACAAGUCGGGGUGACAGCACUGGAGAUGGUUUGGCACAGAGUGCUAACCCGAGUCACCAGGACACUGGGAAAGACAACCGUGCUGACGAGGACAGCGGCAACAUUGAACUGGACACUCGAGAGCCUGCAGCAGAGAGCAGUCGGGCCGCGUUUCCGGCGGCAUCCACACCAGUGCACUCGUCGUCUCCCUCGUCCUCUUCGUCCUCGUCGUCAACCCAGUGCCCCGCCACACCGGAUGUGGCUAGCACCGCGGCUACGGUUGGCUCGUCCCAGUCAUCCUGCUCGAGCCCGGUGACCUCCUCCACGUUUCCGGCGGCUUCCACGGCGGCUUCGAUGGCGUACUCAGCGGCCGCGGAGUUCGGCAGUGCGGUGGCGACGCGAGGCCGAGUGGACGCUUACGACGUCGAGAGCCUGCUGAAGAUCGGGGAGGAGUGCGGCUCGAUGCGACCCAUCGCGGACCAUCCACACUUCAAGGUGGAAGACCCGAGUCGCAAGGACUGCCGCCACGCCGGCAGCAACCCGGGCGUCGUCGGUGGGGGCCUCGCCCCCCGGGGCCCCCCGAGUCCCCCCCGAGGGGUUUCAUCGGGGCCGGGACUCGUGUUUGGCCGGGGGGGCAUCCAGGUGAAGCAUGAGCCCAAGCUGGAGCCCCUUUGCUUCUCGGACUGCGCCAUGCAGCAGCAGCAGCCGCAGCAGCAGCAGCAACAUCACCACCACCGGGAGUUCUCGGCUGGCGGCGCUUACUCGAGCCCCUUUGGCACGGCCAUGGCUGAAGUGGCUCCCGAGCCAGCGCGUUACGCUGUUCUCGAGAACAAGCUCAAGGAGCCGCUAAAGCCCUCGCUGGGCUACGGGGCGGGCGAGGAGGAGCGGGUGGGUGCACACCUGGUGCCGCUUCCCGACGACGACCGGCCACUGGUGAUCGAUGAGAGCCGGCUGCGGCUGGAGGAGUCGGACGACGACGACUCCAACUCGCGGCCGCCCCUGCUCGACUCCCCCCAGAGGACGCCCGACGGGAGCCUCAAAGACAGCAAAUGCCCAACUCCAGGAUGCAAUGGCACGGGUCACGUGACAGGUUUAUACUCGCACCAUAGAAGCCUGUCUGGAUGCCCAAGGAAAGACAAGAUAACGCCCGAAAUUUUGGCACAACAUGAAACAAUACUCAAGUGCCCCACUCCUGGCUGUAAUGGAAGAGGACAUGUGAAUAGCAACAGAAACUCACACAGAAGCCUGUCCGGGUGCCCCAUUGCGGCCAUGGAGAAGCUGGCCCAGAAGGAGCAAAAGAAUGUCACCAAACACCCACCGACCACCACCAGCCCCGCCCCGUCGGACCGUGUGCUGCGACCCAUGUGCUACGUGAAGCAGCUCGACCUGCACGAGUACAAGUACCCGGGUUACGUGCCGACCACAACACCCCGGACCAACCUGGCCAAGGAGCUGGAAAAGUACAGCAAGCCCCCGCCACCGGAGUACGCCCACCACUUCUUCCAGCAACAGCAGCAGCAGCAGCAACAACAGCAGCAGCAGCAGCAGCAGGGUUCGACCCAUAACAGCAGCGGCGGCAGCAACGCCAGUCGGCCCAUCGCUCCCAAGCCCAAGGAGUCGGGUGGCGGUCCAGCGGUCAUCAAGCAGCGCAUAUCCCCCUCCCCUCCCCUCGAGUCUGGUGGCGGGGUGCCUCUGAUCCCCCAUGGAGCAGUGAACCUGUCCAAGAGGCAAGAAGCACUCGGGGACCUGUCCCCGCCCCCUCCGGGGGUCCACCACAUCCACCCGGCCCUUGACCUGCCUCUUGUUCCUAGGCACAGCUUGUCUCCAGUGGUGGGUGGUGCGCCCAAGGGCCUGUUUGGGCCGUCCGAGGAGCAGACGGAACCCGUGGACUUCUCCAGGGGCGGGCCGGAGGCGUUCUCGCCCCUGGCGACCCCUCCGGGGGCCUACCCUUCGCUCCACAGUCCCCCCCCGGAACACCUCCAGCCCCUCGUCGGAAUGCCCCCCUCCGACUACUCCGCAUCGGACAAAGAGAGUCUGUCAGGCUGCAGUCAUCCAGACAGGUCACAAAUGCACGGUCAGCAUCAGGAGUUAAAUCUGUCCGGCUGCCCGCGAACCAACAAACCCAAGAAGGCAGUCAGCCGGGAGGACAAGCCCGAUGCCGAACCUCUGCGGUUGAGCAUGUGCGCGCAGUCACCCACCCUCGAUUACCACUCUCCGCCAACUGGCGACAGCUUUUGCUGGAAGGCAGAUCGCUCCCAAGGCAAAAGCUGUCCAAUCCCUGGCUGUGACGGCUCAGGACAUGUCACGGGGAAAUUUCAAUCUCACCGAAGCGCAUCUGGCUGUCCUCUGGCCAACCGAAGCAAGUUGAGGCAUGAGGUUGUUGGUGUGGAUGGAAGGCCCAUCAAGGCAGAAGGUGCUAGCUGUCCUACCCCCGGGUGCGACGGGACUGGGCAUGCCAACGGGAGCUUCCUGACCCACCGGAGCCUGUCCGGCUGCCCCAGGGCAACGCAGGCCAUGAAGAAGGCCAAGAUGGCCCCCGACAAUGACCCCAGGCCUCACACUGAUCUCGGUCCGGCGCCGGUGCUGGGUGGUGGUCCGGGGCUUGAGAACGACGCGGACAUCCGUGCCCUGGAGGAAGAGAUUCUGGAGCUGCAGGAGUACAACGCCAAGGUGGAGUCGGAAAUGAUACGCCUGCGCACGGACAUCACCCAGAUGGAGCAGCAGAUACGCAUGACUGAGCGGGACAACCAGGCGCUAUCCCAGCGGGCGGGCAGCCUGAACGAGUACUACGACUCGCUGAAGCACAACUUCAUCUCCCUGCUGGACCGCAUCCCUGCCCUGGAGGAGAAGCCCACGGGGGACAACUUCGACUGCUACCUGAGUCGGCUGCAGGCCCUCUGCGUCGACUCCAACAACGGCUCUCCCGAGGACGGCGGCGGCAGCCGGGCGCUCUUCACCUCCGUACGACAGGCGCUGCAUGACUUCACCCUGCCCCUACAGCAACCCAGCGGCUGGAUCCGAUCUUGAGAGUGCUGUCUCUCCUCGGAGCACGCCGAGCAAGGGCCCUUGGGAGGCGGCGUCUUCCCAGCGGCCACAGCAAAUCAUCUUCUUCUCGUUCUUCAACACACAACGGAGCCGAACAGGGUCAAUCACAUUCUACGUAGGACACUCGCCUAGUGCCAGCGCGACGCACGCCGCCACGACAACAGACUAGAGGAACAAGGACGGGCACACACCGCAGACAGACAGACACACACUUGUCACACGCAAACGCCGGGAGAGGAGAAUGAAUCUCUGAGAUGGUUCUCCGGCACCCCGCGUCGUUCCAGAGUCGGCGGCGUUUUUUUUUGCGUUGCAGCUUUAGAGGAGCACAAAGCGCGCGACACGUUUCUUGACGCGCGACAACGACACGCUCCGCCAUCGCGUCGGCUGCCUCUGUCCCCGCCCUCCCCCCCCCCCGUACCACGUUCCCUCGAUACUCCCGCGUUCGCAAAAGUCCUGCGGCGGUUUCGACGCGAGAAGGCGGCAUCCGUCGCCUACUGGUCACCACCGUUUUACGUGCUAGGCUCGUCGGUGCCAUUGUCUUCGUUCGGUUUUUGUCCUCGUCCAGCCUACGGCGGUUCUGUUGGUCCGCUCUUUCCCCCAUUGGGUGUUUCCGGGCAUCGUUUACGUUUGACGUGUACAUAGCAUUUGUAAGAUACGUCAGCUCUGUCUGCUAUUUGUAUGUGCAUGUGUGUUUAGAAGAGAGACUGUAGGACAAAAAUAGACGCAAGCUUUUUUUUAUUUUUUUAUUAGUUCUUGGAGUGCGCUGCCCAAACCAGUCCCGGCGAAAUUCCGCGUUUGGAGUGCGAAUCGGGAGAAACGGAAUCGUGCAACGGCGACGACAAUUUUGGUGCCAUCGCUCGUUCGAGCAGAUUGUGUAUUUAUUUGCACGUUGCAAACUGGACAGAAUUACGACUAAGCAAGUUCAAGAUCGUUCCUUUCUUUUUAUCUCCUGGAAUCUGAUGGCCGCGGGUUCGAAACCUGCAGGAUUCGUCACUUCCGACGACGGAAAUUGGUGUGCCGGCACUUCCUACGCAAGCGACCGUGCCAUCGCCUCGGUUUCCUCGUGCCGCGAGAUAAAAUCCGAUGCAUUCCGAGGAGAAGACUUUUCAAGAAGCAAUAUGUGGUGGUCGGUGCGAGGAAUCCUCUAGUGCAUUCUGCUUUCGGGAUGUUUCGCAGAGGGCAUUGGGCAAGUGUAACAUAUAUGAAUUCGGUCGGACGUAGGAGCUUCCUGCGAGAAUAAGGUGCAGCGUUCGCCAAAAACCGUCAAAGGUUGUGUUCGGCUUGCGCCGUUUUCUUUGUUUGUCGCGGCGAGCGCGCGAAACCGCUAUAUACGUAUUGCCUCCGACGGAAACACGACCCACACACAGGUACAACACGAGACACGCGUCUACAUACUUUUGGGGAGUGGCUCGAGUUUCGCGAAAGAGAUGAGGAGGGAGGGGAUUGUUAGACAUUGGACGUGCAAGGAAGACGUGGGUCACAGUGGUUGUUAUGUACAGCUCCCCAAAGACCGAAGAAAGGAAAACAACUUGUUUUGCGAGCUCGAUGGAAGCGAAGAAGGAAAAAGAGACAGGCAGAUUAUGCCCACGUGCACUAGACUCGCAUCUGUACAUACGUAAUUUUUAUGCACACACCACACUUCCGCUCUCCCCCGCUGCCAGAGGCUCGAAAGAAACUCUUAAAACGACGCGCUUCGACAGAGGCGCGAACGCGGUGCGCGGCGAUACGAUAGAAGGCGGAAUUGCUCGCUUUUCGAAACCGGAUGCCUUGGUGCACUAUUAGGAAGCCAGGCUUCCGUAGAAACCAGCAAGACUCCCCUCCUAACCCAAAAACAAAAACAAUAGCACUAAAAAGAAAAAAAAAAGAAGGGAGACAUAGUUUUGCUCCAAAAACCGGUCCUCCCAGCUGUAGUCCUCUAGUUUGUUUUAUCUUUUCGCAGCAGGCUCCUCCGUCAAAGCCCAACUUCCUAGUCACAAUACAUGUGCUGCCAUUCAGUCAUCCCCGUACACUGUAUCUGCCUUGUGUUACUUUUCUUGCCUUUCCCCGCUCCGAUUAGGUGUGAGCAGCAACGCGAUUGGCCGACGCACUGACCACACGAGCCCAUACCGAUUGGUCGGCUGAUUUCCUUUCGCUUCCCAUAGUGUCGCCACCGCCUCUUUGUUAAGUUUUACGCUGGCUGGUCUCCCCCCCCCCCCCCUUCCCUGCCCUACCUCCUGUUAACAAACUGCCGAAGUGUACGUACUACACACUUGACUGCACACACACACACACAUACACAUUGUUUUUGGAUGUGUACGCUUCUUUUUGUAGAUAUGUAACUUAUUGAGCGUGCAUGCAAAAGAAAAUAAUAUAUCCCCGGCCCCCAUGUAAAACAUGGGCUGGUUCGAGGCUGGUCAUUUCUUUUCUCUCCCUUAUUUUUUUUUUUCUCGCCCCCUCCUCUCUUUCAAGAGAUGUGUAUUUCGCCAACACUGGUAUUGUGUACCGAGCCUGUCAGUAAAAACCCUAUUAUUGUGAA